AUGGAAUUGCCAAAUCAUGCCAAACAACUGCUGCUGCAACUCAACCAACAGAGAGCCAAGGGCUUUUUGUGUGAUGUCAUCAUCGUGGUGGAAAAUGCGCUCUUCCGUGCCCACAAGAACAUCCUGGCGGCGAGCAGCAUCUAUUUUAAAUCAUUGGUCCUCCAUGAUAACCUCAUUAACCUCGACACAGAGAUGGUCAAUCCAUCUGUGUUCAGGCAAGUUCUGGACUUCAUCUACACCGGUAAGCUGCUCUCGUCAUCGGACCACAGCAGUGAGCAGAAUUUUAGUGCCCUCCUAACCGCAGCCAGCUACCUCCAGCUCCACGACCUCGCUGCCUUGUGCAGAAAGAAGCUCAAGCGCAGUGGUGGGAAACCCCUGCCAGGUAAACCAUCCACUCCAGGUCCCCUCAGCCGCUUACGCCUCAAUAACCAGCGCCUUUCCUCUUCCACGCCUGCUGGGCCCAACAACCACUAUCAUCCCACCCCUUCAGACGCCGACCAGCCUCAGCCGGACGAAGGCCUUCGGGACAAGCUCUCGGAUGACGAAAUGUAUGUCGGCAGCUCUGGACGGAACAUCAACGGGGGAAAUGGCAGCAGUAAUGGUAACCUCAGCAGCGGAGGAAGUGCAGGCGAGCCUGAUCUGGGGCUAGACCUGACCAAAAAGAGCCCCCCCUCGACAGGCACGGUCACAGAUGCUCUGAGCCCCCACAGCAACUCUCAAGAAUCUCCUCAAUCUGCCUCAGUAUCCACAACCAACAGUGCCUCGCUGGAUGACUCCUCGACCACCCUCCCCAGUGCGGACAUUUGCAGCUCAGACCCCACUGACCUGAACUGCCCUUCUAAAACCGAGGACGGCCAGAAUGACGGACCCCCGCCCCAAAAAAAGUAUCGGCAAGGUGGGCGCAAGAAUGAAUGGCCCAAGAAGGAGGCAUCGGGAUUAAAGUCAGAAGAUCACGACAGGCCCCUGGUUAACGGAGUGAUUGUGGGGCCAAAAGACGGCCGGCCCGGCGUGGGCAGCGUUGGUGGCUUCAACUCCGAUCAGACUCUCCAGUGUAAAGAUGAGGAAGAGGGAGGAGAGAACGGCCAGGACCACAGCGAAGAGAGCGGUCAGAGCGACGGAGAGAGUGCAGUCGGCGGAGGAGGAACUGGCAAGGGGCAACAGAGCGCCAACUACGUGUACCGACAGGAAGGUUUUGAACCGGCGUUCGGGGACAACCUGUAUGUCUGUAUCCCCUGCGGAAAAGGCUUCCCGAGCUCAGAGCAACUGAAUGCCCACGUGGAGACACACACUGAGGAUGAGCUGUACAUCAAAGAGGAAGUGGGGACCUACGUGAAAGAGGAAGACGAAGAGGAGGCCGAGGACCUUUCCACCCCUGUGGGCCCCUCCAACUUUGGCUCCGAAGCUCGCCCCUUCAAGUGCACCGUUUGCAAUAAGAGCUACAAGGACCCGGCGACGUUGCGGCAGCACGAGAAGAGUCACUGGCUCACCCGGCCAUUCCCAUGCAACAUCUGUGGCAAAAUGUUCACCCAGAGGGGGACCAUGACACGCCACAUGCGCAGCCACCUUGGCCUCAAGCCCUUCGCCUGCGAAGAGUGCGGCAUGAGAUUCACCCGCCAGUACCGCCUGACGGAGCACAUGCGCGUGCACUCCGGGGAGAAGCCGUACGAAUGCCAGCUCUGCGGCGGCAAGUUCACCCAGCAGCGCAACCUCAUCAGUCACCUGAGAAUGCACACCUCGCCCUCCUAG